AUGGCCUCCAACGAGCAAGUAGAAGCUAUCAUCGCCAAGAAGGUGCCCGUCUCCAACACGCCUCGCGAGGGACAGACCAACGCCAUCGAGAAGGAGGGAUCCGGUGCUCCCCCGCCCACUGCGGCCAGGGCCGAGGGCGUAAUCGACAACCUCCUCGACGUCAUCUCCACCGGCGACCAGGCCAGGGGCGAGCAGUCCUUCGAUAGCAAGAGCAUGUUCUCCCUAUUCAAGGGCGGAUUGACGAUCGCGCCCGAUGCGGUCAAGGCGCUCGAGGAAGGCCUGCGCGCAAGGGGUGGUGGAGCUGGAGAUCUAACGCUCGAAGAGGUGGAGAACACCAACGAUCUGCCAGAGCAUGUGCCUCUGACCCGCGGACCCGCGAGCUACUUUCUCCUGAAGAAGGGUGGCCAGCCCAACUCGUACCUGCGCAUCGCCGACGGUGCCCCCUACGUCCUCUUCGUUCCUCUCCAGCCCCCUGCCGAAUCGACCUUGAAGCCGGGUGUUCCCGCCCCUGUCCCCGUUCACCAGCAGAAGGAGAGGCAGGCCGCGGCCAAGGGCAGCCAGCCCGGUCCCGCCAAGCAGCAACUCUAA